UCUCCACCUCUUUCACCAGAGGAAAAGAAUUCCAAGGUCUGCAAAGGUAAGGGAGCUUCUACAAUUCUUGUUCUUUUGCAUCGAUUUUGUAGGGGGGUGGGGCUUGGGCUUGUCUCCCCCCCCUCCAAGAUGGGGCUGAACCCCACCUCUGGGCAUUGCAGGGAGAGGCUUCCCAUGAAAUUCGGGGCAGAGAGAGGGGUGGCUGCUUCCUGGAGGGGGAGCAAAGGCACGGAAGACCGUAGGAGGAACCGAAAGGGGCCAAGGAAGCGAGCUCUAAGUCGCCUUUUAAAGCUGGGAGGACAGGCUCAGAGGAGGGGGGUGCGAAACGGAGGAUGGGGGUGUCCGGGCUUCAGCGGCGCCCGCAGCAGCCGGCGCUGUGGCCUCGGUGGGUUUGGCCCCCUCCCCCUCCCACCAUCCCUCCCUUGACUGGGCCUCCCCCAAUUGUCCCCUUGCACUUCCCUUGCCGGGUGCAGCAUUGGCACGAGGGGCGGUGGCGCUGAGCGACGCCCUGGUCUCUGGAGGGCCCGGAAUCUCCGCAGAGGCCGGUGAGGCCGAGGAGGCUGCUAGAGAGACACAGAAAGAACAAUUCACAGAGAAAUGCUCACUAUCUCCCUUCGGAGACAUUUCUGAAAUUAAAAGGUUGUGGGUGGAGGCACCCAAAGCCAGGGUGACCCCCGAGGAAGCCUUGCCAGAGAAUGCCUACGUCUCUGCCACUCCCGGAGGAGGGAGCCUCGCUCUGCAGGGAGACAGUUUUGUGGUUUUAACGCGCAAAUCUCCGCAGACCGGCUGUUGGGGGAAAAAAGUGUUAGCCGUCUCUCCGGGAUCCGCGAGGGGGAAAAAAUUUGGAACCAUAAAGUUGAAAACUUUUUUCUCUCAGUUUGGAAGAAGCCGUUCGUCAUGAAUGGGAUCCGCGGAGCUCGGGCGAGAGGAGGCGAGAGGCGCAAAGGAGGGGAGAUUUCUCGCCUGCCGCUCGCGCUGGGGCUCGAUGUGAAUAUAUAUUAUGUCUGCCUGUUCUCCCCUCGUCGGUGGCUAAGGUCAGCCGCUUCGAACAAACCCCGGGAGGAGGGGGGCAGAAAGGGGAGGGGGUCCGGCGCGUCACGUGACCCCCAGGGGUGCCAAUGUCCGGUCGUGAGGGUAUCAGGCCCUUGCAAGUUGCCACCUACUGCCCGGGCCUCGCCCAGCGAUGCACAAAGCCACCUACUACGACAACGCCGCCGCUGCGCUCUUCGGAGGCUACUCCUCGUACCCUGGCAGCAAUGGUUUCGGCUACGACGGUCCCCCCCAACCCCCCUUUCAGGCGGCCACGCACCUGGAGGGCGACUACCAGCGCUCAGCGUGCUCGCUUCAGUCCCUGGGCAACGCCGCCCCACAUGCCAAGAGCAAGGAGCUCAACGGCAGCUGCAUGAGGCCCGGCCUGGCCCCCGAGCCCAUGCCCGCCCCACCCGGCUCACCCCCGCCCAGCGCCGCACCUACCAGUACCACUAGCAACGGCAAUAACGCGGGCGGGCCCAGCAAAAGCGGCCCCCUCAAGUGCGGCCCCAGCUCCAACUCCACCCUCACCAAACAGAUAUUCCCCUGGAUGAAAGAGUCGAGGCAAACAUCCAAGCUGAAAAACAGCUCCCCGGGUACAGAGGGCUGCUGCGGCGGCGGCGGCGGCAGCGGAGGAGGAGGAGGAGGAGGAGGAGGCAGUGGUGGCGGGGGCGGCGGGGGAGGGGACAAGAGCCCCCCGGGGUCGGCGGCAUCCAAGCGGGCGCGGACGGCGUACACGAGCGCUCAGCUGGUGGAGCUGGAGAAGGAGUUCCACUUCAACCGCUACCUGUGCCGGCCGCGCCGCGUGGAGAUGGCCAACCUGCUGAACCUCAGCGAGAGGCAGAUCAAGAUCUGGUUCCAGAACCGGCGCAUGAAGUACAAGAAGGACCAGAAGGCCAAGGGACUGGCCUCGUCGUCAGGGGGCCCCUCGCCCGCCGGCAGUCCCCCGCAGCCCAUGCAGUCCACCACCGGCUUCAUGAACGCCUUACACUCCAUGACCCCCAGCUACGAGAGCCCGUCCCCGCCCGCCUUCGGCAAAGCCCACCAGAAUGCCUACGCGCUGCCCUCCAACUACCAGCCCCCUCUCAAAGGCUGCGGCGCCCCGCAGAAGUACACUCCGACCCCGGCGCCCGACUACGAGCCCCACGUCCUCCAAGCCAACGGGGGUGCCUAUGGGACGCCCACCAUGCAGGGCAGCCCGGUGUACGUGGGCGGGGGCGGCUACGCAGAUCCGCUGCCGCCCCCUGCCGGCCCCUCCCUCUACGGCCUCAACCACCUUUCCCACCACCCCUCGGGGACUCUGGACUACAAUGGGGGGCCUCCUAUGGCCCCCAGUCAGCACCAUGGACCUUGCGACCCCCACCCCACCUACACAGAUCUCUCCUCUCACCACGCGCCUCCUCCUCAGGGUAGAAUCCAAGACGCGCCCAAAUUAACACACCUGUGAUGGGAGAGGGAGGGCGGAGGGGCCAGGGGGCUUAUCCGGUUGUGGCGUUCUGGGAGGGCGAACGGGGUGGGCAGCUAGUCUUGGAGGUCUGAAAGAAAAGGUGGAGAAGUAGUAGUCAGGUUCUCUGGGAAGAAUGGGCUUGGAGCCCCUUCUCCUCUCCCUGGCCUGAGAGAUUGCUUUUAAGUCUUUAAGUUCCUUGUUCCAUCUGCCUGACAACCCAUAAGAAAAGAAUCCACAGCAGGUUGGAGAUGACCCCAUCCACCCCAGGGCUCCAGCCCUACCCAAUUGGAAUUCCACACUUGGGAAUGGGGUAGAGGAAGAGGAGGUGACAGAAAACCAAGGCAGAUAAGCACAUUAAAAAAAAAAAAAAAAAAGAAAAGAAAAAGAAAAAAACAGACAAAAUGGCUAGGCCAUCACCAGACAACCAACUAACCAACCUAUCUUCCAUCUCUAUGGGCAAUUCCCCCAGACCUUGAUUUUUCCCCGUCUAGGUGAAUAGACAUUUCAAACCUAAGGGCACAAAGCACGCUCCCCUCUUGGCUUCCCUGAAGCCUCAAACUUGCUCACAUCUAUUUGCGAUUUAUUGCCUGUCUUCAUUUCUAGCCCCAUAUUUUUCUGCUCUAGAACACUAAUAUCUACACCCCAGCCCACUGAUUACAGUUGUCAGAGGGCUCAAGGAUGGCAAGAGAUCCUGAAAGUUAGAGCUGCCUACAUUAUAAAUACAUAUAUAUUUUUUUCUUUUAUGUAUAAGUUGGGAGGCAAGGGCAAACAAGUUGUCAGGACUAAACUUUUGCCCAUUCUGCCACCUCCCAUCUUGUCUCCAGGUCCAUCCCCCUCUCUCCACAGAAAGCAAUUGGUGACACGAGGUUCUACACUUUUUCUUUUCUUCUGUUGCUCUCUUGACUUAACGUGAAAACAGGGUAUAUUUGAACAAACUGUCCCAGGCAAGGGCUGCAGCUGGGCCUGUGCGCCUUGCUCAGCCUCUUGACAGGACACUUUUGUUGCACUUAGAGUUUACAUUUUAAUGGAUAUAAAAACAACUGUGAGAGAUGCCUGGACCCUGUAGGAGCCCAGCAUUGCUCAAAAAGCGUGUGUUCUAGUGAAUAUUUUCAUAUAUAUUUAUUGGUUAUAGCCUGUUAAAAUAUUUUCUUUUUUGUAUUAUUUAUCCCCCUACAUUAUGUAUUUAUGUGAGGGAAAAAGGAAAAAAAAUUGUACUUUUUUAGUAUUUACUUGUUAUAAAGAACAUUGUGUUUCCUGUCAUGCAUAACCAGUUAUUUUAGUUAUUAUCGUACUCUAGAAAAGAGCUGUAGAUUUAUGUUAAACUUGUACUUACGAGCAAUUGUAAUUAGUUCUAAAAGGCAUGAACUCAGCUCCUAAUUGUCGCUGUAUAGUCCCAGAUUUGUAGAAUUAGAGGUAUUCCCUCUUGGAAGUUUCUUUGUUCUUUGUAGUUACUUUCUUCCUUGCUUAAAAAGGUUGUCUGUCGAACAAUUCUUGAAUAAACUUUCUGUUACCAAU